AUGCCAUUCAUUGACAGCCAGCAUGUCAUCCACAAGUAUUUCCUGCCCCGAGCCUAUGCUGUUGCCAUCCCCUUGGCUGUUGGUCUCCUGUUGCUACUGUUUGUGGGAUUGUUUGUCACCUAUGUGAUGCUGAAAAACCAGAGGGUGACCAAGAAGGCUCAGUGAAGGCCCAGCAGGGAUAAGGCUGCCAGGCGCUUUUCAGUGUCCUCUCCAGGGCAGGGACCCAGGAUGGAAGCCUGCAGGAUUAGUCCAGAUACUGUGGCCCCUUCCAACUUGGCUGCCAUCCAGAUAUCCCUGUGGGAU